AUGGUUUCGUCGACGUCGACGUCGACGUCGUUUUGGGGACGGUGCACGAUCGGGGGGUUGGUGCUGGCGGUGCUGAUGACGCUGAGCGCGAGCUCGCUGACGCACUGGCCGACGGUGGCGUUCGCGUUCGCGAAUCCGACGACGUUCGCGAUCAACCCGAGCGCGGCGGACGCCGAGGCGAAGAUCGCCGUGGUGCUCGAAAUAGGGCGGAGGUUGGCUAAACCGUGCGUGCGGUAUCUCGCGGCGUGGUUCGCGUUGCGAUCGAGGUGGCGUUUGAUGUGGGCGACGUUCGCGGCGUCGUGCGCGAUUUCUGGCGUAACGUUCGCGUAG